GCUCUUCUCGUGGCCGCGAUAACACAACACUUUUCAAUUCUUCGAUUCUUCAUUUUACCCUGCACACCCUCACAAUAUGCUCAAAUCAAUGUAACUAUUGAAAAACAUAGGAUUUUUAAUACCCAUUUUGAUAACCCCUCCUUUAAUAAACUUUUUAGUUCUUUUCUUUUCACAUUUUCACCUUUUCUUUCCAAGGUUGGACGUGAUUGUCCAUUUGGUAUGAAACACUUCGUAACCCAUCUAUAUAUUUCUCCUGGACAACCAUGCACCUACCAGCUUGAAUCGCAUAACUUUAUCACCGUUGCCCCAAGAGAUCAUGGAACGCGACUCGCCAAAUGCCUUAGGGGCCCUAGCUAUGAAGUCCAACGGAAACUUGAAUGCAAAAUCUAACGGAAACAUUCGGGGCGGGAAGACUACUACACAACCCUUUGGUAGCCAACGAACUUCUACCUACAGACAGAGCACUGGUAAGCCUGAGCUAAAGGAAAACAUUGUAUCCGACCCAGACUCCAGUAUCAGCUCUGGGUCUCGACACCCACUAUACUCAGGCCCAAAGUACCUCGGCGCAUCGACACGUAAACUUUCCGAAUCACCUCGUGAAACGCGAAUACCUCUCCCGAAAACUACAGCAUCCGCCAACGCCUCUCCUACACCACAGACCAACAAUCAAAAUAGAUUGAGUCACCAGGACAAGUGGUCGCUUGAUAUGCGACAGCCUAUGAGCCUCAAGUCGGCCUUCUCGCUGGCUCAGAAGCAAGAAGCAAUCGACCCAGCCGACGACGACACCUUUAGCAUCAAACACGCAUUCAAUAUGGCCAGUGCCGAGAUGAACGGCCGUAUCGAUGGUUCCCCUAGCCCUGCCCCACGAACUCAUUCGAGACGCCAGUCAUACACGUCAACUUCACAGAAAGGAAUAACUACCAGCGCGAAAAAAGAUCUCGGACAGCACCUUCAUCAGUUUGACCGAAAUCAUCAACUGGGUACGGGAAAUGCACCUCUUAGAGGCUUGUUUGGCAAGACUCGCAUUCCAUCUAGUUCCUCCGACGCUGGCAAUAACCUUGUUAAGAAAGUUAGUGACCAUAACCUUCAACGUUCCGCGUCGCGGAUCGGAAGUGGUCAGUGGCCAGCUAGUCCAAGAAAAGAUGCGAACGCCGUCGUAGAGGAUCGUAUGGUCGGUACUGCCAACCGAGAGCAUCAUAAUAAACUUGUCUCUGUUCCGUCUAUCGGCUAUGAAUCCGCUAGCGAUGAACGAGCUUCUCCUGUCAAGAAACCUACGAGCUUGUCCCCAGAAAAGAGCUUGAAUUGGGAAUUAGAUGCCGAUUUCACUGCUGGUGAUCUCCAGAUUUCCAACAGCCCCCGUAUCCGCACUGGUCGAUCCGACGGGGGACUUUCUCGACGGUCAUCGGGAGAUACGGAAUCGCCAGUCAGACACACGCCAAUCUUGCGUCGCAGCAAUAACCGGCUCGAUCAAAUUCGGCAGAAAGAAAUUCAAGCUGCCAACGCCGUUCUGCCUGAAGAAGAUCUGACUUCAUCUAAGCGAGCUAAAAGCCGACUGGAUGAGCUUCGGGCGCUAGAAAGGGAGGCUUUUUCUAGGCGAGCAAUGGCUUCAAGUAGGCUCGAUGAGAUACGAGCGAAGAAUUCCGAGGCGCGAUUGGCAUUACCAGAGACUAGCAAAAGCCCCAAUAAGGACGAUCAACUAGAAAGCUCUGUUCCCUUUGACCACAGACCCUCGAAGAGUCCAGUUCAAGACUUCAGCCCGAACAUGAAAAAGGAGCAAAUCCCAGACACGCCUCCUACUGUGCUCCGGCCUACUGUGCCUCGGCCUACUGUGCUCGGAAGUACAAGCGACUAUACAUCCCACCAGCCACAGCCGUGUGAAGUGAAAAUAGACAAACCUAAGGCUGCAAACGACAAAACUGACGUUUCUUUACCACGAAACGAUUCCCACGACUUACUUCGCCGUCUUGCCCGGGCAACUAGUGACAGUCCUCCGUCUGAAAAGAAUCAUCAGCAAGUUGUUUCAGACAAUCCCCCAUCAAAGGAAAAGUCUGAGCAAAGAGAAAGAAGUCGAUCAAGUUUCACGGGAGAAGAAAGGAUGCCCCAAAACUCAGAGGUCAAAAGCCUGGAGAUUAAGAGCUCCAGGGAGAGACCAACAGUAGGGUUCGCAGGGUUACGACGAGAUCUGUCUAGUGAUUCCGUUCGCAAUAAAUGGUCUAGCCGACCUAACUCGGAAGCUGACCCAACGGAUCGCAUUGAAGCUGAAAUGAAGCUUUUUGCACCCCUCGACAACUACUCCGAAAAGGGCUCCGUCCGCGGCCCGUCGCCAAUUUCGUCAGAGCCAGCAGAAGAAGCGACGCCCAAGCCAACUAAGAUCGAUCCAUUGACACAGCCGACUCCUCGUGUCACUGGAGCAUAUGUAGAGACACCCGCCACCACCAGGGUUAAACAAGAGCGCCUGCGUCCUUCAGAUGAUAAGAAGCCUUUAGAUGAUCAAACUAAAGUCUCGAAUGCUACCGAGCUUCGUAGUAGGAGCUCCAGCGAUCCACUGAACGAGGACUAUAUUAAACAAGAAAAUGAUGACGAACCAAGAGCCACCAAGAAGUUAUCAGGGCCGCGGUCUUCAUCAGCCCCCACAGCUUCGCGCCGCGCCAGGGCCAACUCCAGAAGGCGCCGUCCUCUUCGUCCUGUAAUCAAUACGGCCAACCCCCCAUCUGUCAAGGAUGAUAUUCGUGCUAUAUUACGCUUGAAUCAGAUUGACGAUUCGACCCUUGAGGACUUCGACGAGAUCCUCGCUGAUCAGGACAUUGACGAUGACGAACUUGCGCAAAUGGUGAAGGAUACUAUGAAUAAGAUUGACGAUGAUAUGGAGAUUCCGGGUAUUUCGGAGCAAGAUCGUGAACUUCAGGUCUACGACAGGAUGAGCAAAUCGUUGCAGACUGGCCUUCUAGGUAUCCGGUCUGCGAAGAAGGGGAUCGAACGUCUCGAAGACAAGGUUACACACACUGACCAUAAGGUAGCCCAAACUCCUGCGGAUCCAAAAGCCUCCAGUUUAAAGCCUGAGGUACAGUCUGAAGUACACGUUCAGACCAAUUCGACUAGUACCACACCCGUCUUGAUUACUAUUCCCACUUUGUACCGAAAAUCACCCAAAUUGAGACUUACCAAAGUUGGCCUAUUCACGCUCCUUUUUCUCAUAUGGUACAUCGUCGAGUCGGUCUUCUGUUCGCUGUAUACUCCUCAGUAUAACUGUACUCCAGAAGUACCGUGUGAGUGGUCACCAGACGAACCGUAUUUCCCAUACGCAAUGCCAUUCAUGUUGGAUGAGUGGGCCACCGGAGGUAAAGGAAGAGCUUUGACAUGGAAAGCUGGGGAGGAAAUAGGAGAUUUUCUAGCUGAGAUCUCAGACUGGGUUACAGGAACUGAUUUUACACAGUUUGAUGAGAAAUAUAUGAACAUCUGGGAACGCAAGAGACAGAGGAGACGACUACGGAAGCACCGCCCCGUCGCGAAAUGGGUAGCGCCUCCAAUUUAUAAGCCUUCAUUUAUGAAAUGGGGUGCAGCCAGGGACACUUUCGAAGACGAUGUAUAUGAGAUGGGAGAGGACGAUGAAGCCUUGGGCGCGGACGAGCCGUUGUGAAAUACCAAACACAAGUCUGCUAUGACUAUCACCAUGGCGAUUUGAAUGCUGCCAAAGGAUACUUACGAACAUGACGCUGUCCAAUAUUUCGAUUUCGAGACGAAGCACCAGCAUUCCCGACUACCGACUGUAUAAACGCUGGGUACCUACCUUUAGUACCUACUGGAUUUGAUUUCUGCAUUGCGAAUAGGCGAAUAGGCGGAUGCGACAAAAUUCCACUGGCUUUGUCUCCACCGUUUUCUGUCAGAACCGAAACGAAGUAAACGAAUUACCCCAAAAGUGACAUUUACAUCUUCCGGCCAUAGGAACUUGGCAGACUUAUACCCUUACAAUAUAGAAUAUGUUGAUUUUAAUCGUAGUAUCGUUAUAACAUUUACAUACCAUACCUACAUACCUAGCAAUGUGACGUGAGUCUCGUUCCUGUGGCCUUGGCGGCUGUUAGCUACGUCAAUUCAAUCUUGGUGCGAAGAUCUACAGUAAUGUCUCAAGCUCAGCUAUUACUAUUAGUUUCAUUAAUCUUCUAUUCCUCCCCUCUUUUAUUCAUGCUAUUUUCUCCCACUAUUAGCCAUAACCA